GCUUUCAGAAUUCUGGUUUUCCUCCCACCUUCCCGCCUUCUCAAUUUUCUCCCUCUGUCUCGGGCGGAAUGCAUGGAAAUUUUCCGUUUCUCCUGCAAUCACCGUCAGGACGUGAUCCUGGCGGAGGAUCACUCCCUCCAGACAUGUCAAACGGAACGAAGUUUACCCGUGAGGAACACAUGAAGUUCUUGAGAGCACUCGACGAGUUGGACUCAAACAUCAACGGGAACGAAUGGGAAAAGAUUGCCAAGGAAGUGGGGAAGAGUGAGAACGAGGUCAAGGUUCAUGCUCAGCAAUACUUUCUCAAGCUCGAGAGAGAGCGAAGGAUUCCAACAGAGAACGUUCUUUCGUCAGAUCAAAACAUGUCUAGCCAAGCUAUGCAACCAUACAUGUCGUCCUCCUUCAUUGUUCCAUUUGGAGGCGAGCUGUCUUCGAGUUCCAACGAUCCUACGCAAUCCAAGCCACAGGGUGUGGUCUGGACACCUGAAGAAGCUCGUAUUUUCGAAGACAAGAUAUCAGAGAUAGAUCCCAAUGAUGACGACCGUUGGAUGCGGAUUGCCUCUCUGUUACCAAACAAGAGUGCCGAUGAUGUUCAGAGCUACUACACGUGGCUGCAAAAUCUGCUUAGAGCUCGUGGAGCGGGUCAAUCUUCCUCAAGUCCGAUUGACCAGGCUACAGGGAAGAAGUCUGGAAAAGAAAAGGGAAAACUUGAGACUCAUGGGCUGUCUUGGACCGAAGAAGAACAUAGACGUUUCUUGGAAGGAUUGGAAAGAUUUGGGAAGGGAGAUUGGCGGAACAUAUCAAAGCAUUGCGUCGUCACUAGGACUCCCACCCAAGUCGCUAGUCAUGCCCAGAAGUACUUUGUCAGACAACAAAAUGCUGCUAAGAAGAAGGAGAAGCGCCGCAACUCCAUCCAUGACAUCACGCCAAGCUCCAUCAAGACCUACUGGUCGGGAGGCAAGGAAAAGGAAGGCUCAUCUUCCCCGGAUGAAGGAAACGAGAGUCAGGAGAACGAGAACCAACAAGGCACGCAAGGUUCGAGCAGCAACAACACCAGCGGUAACGUCUCUGGAGGCGCAUCCAACCAAAUCAACCCGCUGAAAGGCGAGGAGACCAGCAAGGGAAUCUUCGACUCGCCGACGAACAAUUGUCUGCCACCAGAGACGCCACUUGGCAUCUCCUUGUUCAGCUCCUUGUUACCCUCAGGCAGCGGGCCCGAGGCAUCCAUCUCAUCCGGACUGACUCCUGAGGCCUCCCCCUUCGGGACCAUGACUCUCUCUCAGCUCCAGGCUGGACUGCUGAAACCCGACGGCGCGUGAGCCUCAGCGCAGCACUCGGCAGCUCCGGCCAACCAUGUACACUAGGAGAAGUGCUGGAUGAAAGCGAAAGCUCUCAGCACUUGGCCAGCCCUCAGAUGGGACCACGCAAGAGAGCAGAGAUAAUGGAAUAAAGCUUUCAGUAC